UGUGAUUUAUCUGGAAAAUAUUUCAUUUGGGUCUACUCUUUAUCUUAAUCGAUAAGAAAGAUAAGCUUUAUCUUGCUCACGUAUACAUGUGUGGUACGUUAGAAUUUAGCAGUCAGUUAGCCCAUGGCUAAGUACGAGUAAGUGUUUUUCGAUUUGAAGUUAGUUUCUUCAAAGAAAUAUAAGCUUAACCCAUAUUUUAAAGAAAAACGGAUACCUUGCAUCAUGACUUCUGCAGCUGAUGUUUUACUGUGCUCUGUAGUCCUCUUACUGGUUGCUACAUGUGAAGCAGAAGGAAUCAACGCUCUGAUCGGGGAAGAAUGCGAAGUGGAUAGGAAUUGCAUUUCCGCUCAAAUGCUGUGCCCCUCCACCGGGCGAUGUGAAUGCUGGAGAGGACAUUAUCCUACCGAAGACAGAAGAAACUGCAUUGCUACUACUAGUGGGCUUUGCUUCGAUAACUCGGACUGCAGAAGCCUACUCUAUUCAAGCUGCUUUAUACGAGACAGCUUUGAUGGGUCGUGCACUUGCAGUGACGGCUACUCUUCUAGUGAAGAUGAGCGGGAAUGUCUACCCGACAUGGGUUACCAGGAAACAUGUAAGGAGGCUGUGCAGUGCGAGUCGAGACUCGUCGACAACGCCGUCUGCAGGGAAGGGAAAUGCGGCUGUCAAGUGAACUACCACUAUUCGACGCUAGACGGACGUUGUAUCAGGGAUGUCCGUCUGCUAGAACCGUGCGUUAACAGCUCACAGUGCGUGACCAGCAAUCAACACAGCAAGGUCGAGUGUCGCGACAACAGAUGCUCCUGUCCUGAAGGAUACGAACAGAUUCAAGAUUAUUGCAGAGCCGGUGGACAGAAUGUGAUCAUUUCUUUAUGGGCUUUCGUGUUGUACUGGGUUGUUAAAAUUUUUAUUACGUAAACGUCUGAAACAGACUUCUACUGCAACAGCAGAAAUACUGUUCAUAUCUGAAGACAUCUUACAACAGAUUCAUUAUUGUGUCAUUCCUGCAAUCGUGAUAAUUAAAACUGAAAGAGAUUAUCAAUUGGGCAGCCUAAAUCAGCACACACAGAAGUCCGUCCAUUUGGAAUGUUCAGUGGAUAACAUUAGAAACAGUCGGAGAGUACCGUAUAUUAUGACAGACGUUUGCCGGUGUUUCGGAAGAAGGUACUGACCCCGUCUUCAGGGCUAAACAAUAAGACUGCUUGCUUCCCCAUCUUCCUCUUUGCUAAGCCUCUACUAGGUAGACUGCAAGGUGGCAUGUCCCUAUCCUUCCCAUACACCGCCGUUAGAACCCCACAUCUGACCCGCCUAUGCAAACAUAAAGCAGUUUUCAUUCAGUCACUUAAUGAAGAGGAAAUUAAUCCAGGAUUCGAGGCACACUGGAGGAUAUAUCUUAAGUGGCGAAUUUGGUUUAUCUUAGAAACCUUAUUAUUCGUCUUUCUCUUCGUCAUCUGAUGUAGUUAUCGCAUCAACUGAUUACAGUAGACACCGGAAACUAUCCAAUUCGGUACUCUUCGACAGCAGUAUAGUUACAGUGCCAAUUUGAGGUUUAGAAAAGCACUAGCAUCUUCUUCACUGAAGAGCUGCUAAUUUUUAUAUAAAGUCUUUUUCAAAAUAUGUAAUUUCAUCCGGAUAAUAUUUUAAUUAAGAUGAAAAAUUAUAUGACAAAAAUGCAUCAUUAUAAAUUAAGAUGUGAAAUUUCUACUAUAAAUAUAUUGUACAAAUAUUGUGGCUUAUUUGUUUUACUACACAAUGGGGAAAUGAGGGCGCUCAAAGGGGCCUAGGGUCGGGAGUUUUGUUAAAUAAAUUCAGUUUCUCAUGGGUCACAACAAUGAUGUGUUUAUGGGCAUAAAUAAGUUAAGUGUGCAAUCUUAAGUGCAUUUCCCCUACUGAAUGAAGAAGACAAUGAAAUAUGGUUUUUCUGCAUGAAGCUGGAAUGUACAAUGGAAUGUUUUGUUUUUUGUUGGACUAAAUUAUGGAUGUGCCAAAAAGCAAAUAGACUUGCUGUAAUGUAAUGUCGACACAGGGCUCAGCUAGGUGGAAGUGUAAAGCUUUGCGCAAA